AUGGCGCUCAAGCGGAGAGAGGAAGAACCUUCGGGGGACAAGAAGAAGAAGAAACGCGUCGGUUUCAGUGCCAUUGGUAGUGUAUCUGUUAAUCGGGGUCUGUUAUACCCCAAGAUCUCUUCGGUUGCCUUUUGCCUCUUGUUUUCUCACCUUGUCCGAGUGUUGGAGGUGAAGUAGGUAGUGUUUUUCCCGGAUGUUUUCUGGUUCAGUUGUUUACAUUCAAAAGAAGCAACAGUUCACUUCAGGCGCGAGUAGCAUGGGAAGGAACUACACUUUUUAGUUUUUAAAAUUCGGUUGCCUGUGCCUACUUUCCAUCUACACCUUUUCCGUGUUUGUAAGUUUUCACUUCGUCCUUUGAUCAAGUGCUAGCAUGGACAUUGUUUAUUGCUCAAGAAAAGCUUAGGACAAGAUUAUUUGUCGGUUAAGAUGUGUAGUCUUGCCUGGAAUACUUUUGGCGAAAUCGAUAUUGCACCCUGUUGGGGAGAGGGCGAAAACGAAGAAGAUGAACAUACAGGUAACCGGGAAAAGAGCAUGAAAAGACAGUAGUUCUCUGGCAGCGCAUGUUCCAAUCAAUGAGAAGAAGCUGAGAUAUUAUAUUUACACUGAUUCCUCAUUACGAAGAAGCUGAGACAUCUUGAGUAUUUUGCUAUUUCUAUUAACAUGUUUUGUAUGGCUUCUAGGAUUUUAGCAAUGUAAUUGUGCAGCUUGUGGCCAUAAGCUUGAAACUACUAUAAUCCUUAUCCAAUCUUGUCUACUGAUUUAAUAUUCAUGUUUCUCGACGUCCUUUUAAACCAUCAAGCAGCAUGAAGACGAAUCGUGCCCCAAUUGUUGCCAUCAAUAUUAUGGAGCAUUUAUUUUUAAUUUCGGCGCAUAUUUCUGACGGGUGGUACAUUGUCCCCUUUCAGAUGAUCUGUUCAUUCUUUUCGUGAUAAUUUGACGUUGCCUUCCUGUGUUUGUGUCUUACCUUGGGUAGAUUCUUUUCGAAGGGAAAUGAUUGAUAUCCACAUUUUUCCUAACAUUUUUAGUAUCCAAUAUGUUGCCUGUCCAGUUGUGAUAUUCAAUGUGAUUUGUCGCUCUCUGGCAAUCAAGAUUAAAGAGGGUAUUUGAGAAUUAUGCUUGGGAAUUCAAUGAUUGCAUAACCUGACCACUGAUGUCAUGAAUCUGGGCUACAUCUGUUAUUUCAACUGUCUGAACAUCAUUGCUUACUGCUUGGACACUGCUGUUUUUUUGCCUUAUUCUUUAAAGCUUCAUAGGAGAGGGAUUUGUCAUUGCAUGUUUGUCUGGUUUGCUGAUUGAUGCAUCCAUCACAGGUUCAUUUUUUCAGGUUUACUUUGGUUAGGUGGCUGACAAAUUUAUUUUUCUGCAGAUUCUGGAAUUGAAGCUAAUGAGUGUAUCAAAAUAUUCCUUGGUAAUUACUUUCCUUUGUUUCUAUUACUUAACGGCCAGAACUUCUUCCAACAUUUGUAUGUAGGUAGUGAUUUUUGGACUUUACUUCUACCUCUAUUAACCAUUUCAGCAUAAAUGACAUGGAGUCACAGUAGCAAAUCAGGACUAUAUAUCAGUAUUUGGGAUUUUGAAAAAUCUGGCAUAAAAUGAAGAAGAGUUUUAGUGUCAUUAAAGGUCGUAAAAUUAUUGAUUGUCCUUUUAUGAGUGUUUUGCAUCCUUUUUUAUCAUUAUAAUACAUUAAUUAUAACCCUUUCUCUCAUUCAUUAAUUUGUUGUAAAAAUGGCUGCAACGCGUUCAUCUACUGUCUUUAUCUCGUAUAAUUUGUUUUUCAUUUAUUAUAGUUAGGUCCGAAGAAGAAGUGGGUGCAUCUAGCCAUAACACUGUUGAUCCAGUUGACCUUAAUCAGUUUUUUGGUGAAGAUGGAAAGAUAUAUGGAUACAAAGGACUGAAGGUAAUCUCAACUAAGGAUAUGAAGUCUUAAAUCUUCUACUAUUGACCGUAGUUCCUUUGUUAAUGAAAAUGCUCUUGGUUGUAUACUAGCUUUCUCAUCAAAACCGAUGGAAAAUUAAUAUUCAUAUCGAUUGUGAUAAUUGACAACACCACGCUUUUUUUUUUCUUGGGCUAUGAGAUACUAAUUGUCCUUACCUUUUCUUGUCCAUUGGAUAGCCUUAAAUUCAUAAAUUGAUGGUGUGUUGGCUUCGGAAAUUUUUUUAAUGCUGUUGCUAUUGUGGUGUAUUGCAAUGAUGCUCUAAUGAUUAGUACUUUGGUACUGGCUUCAUUUCUGAUGUUUGUAUCUGCUUAUGAUGACUGUUUCAGAAGGAUUCAUAUUGAUUGUGAUAAUUAUCAGCAUCUAUCAUACAUAUUUGCUUUUAUUAAGAAAUGUUAUUCGCUCUUUUAUUUUUCUCGUUCUGGGGAGAAGAUCAAAUUUACCUGUUCUGGGUUUGCUUCUUUGGAAGAUGUAAUAUGAAAAAAAUGGGUUCUAUCACAGCAUCAGCUAAGUUCACUGGUUGGAGAUAAGCGGACUUGAACCACUGACAAACCACUGCCUCUCAGGCCUCCCCAACUGAUUCUACGACCAAUGAUAGACAAGAACCCCCCCACACCCCCUCCCCCCCCCAACGGAACAUUACUUGCAACUUUCAUCGUAGUGUACUCUCUUAUUAGUUUUAUACGAUUAAGUAUUAAUUGCGUUCUCAUAAUGACGAUAUUAUUGUUACAAUGUGUGACAAUAGUCAUAGCAUCGUGAUUGAGUUGCUCAUCUGGGGUCCAGAUUCUGGUCGUAGAAUUGUAGUAUACUUGCGGUGAUCAUAGGUAAAGGCGCCAUCUAGGCCCUUGUGGUCCCUCUUUUGUUGUCAUUUCUUGUCUAGGACCAGAUAAACAGUCAUGACAAGCUUUCUCAGUUCUAAUCAGACCAUCAUCAAAUGGAAUAGUUAAUUUUUUCAGAAUUGCUUUUGAAUCUUCGUUGCUAGCGUUAUGGCUGAAGCAUAGGUUAUGUGCUCAAGCCUCCAACCACCUCAGGGGUUAAAUUGUGAGGGGUGAUUCACAGGCUCCCUACACCUUGGGGUUUAGUAGCACUUGCUUGGAUAUUCCUUGGCAUUUUAAAGAUUUGUCUCUUCUAUUUUCCUGACUUACCGGUUUUUUGUGUCAUUUCUCUGCAGAUCAAUGUUUGGUUGAGUAUCAUCUCAUUUCAUGCAUGUGCUGAGAUUACAUUUGAGACCUCAGUGGAUGUAAGUACUUGCCCUUUCAUUGACGCGGUCGUAUAUUCCUCAUUUUACCGAGUUAAUUUUGUUUUUUCUCUUUCUUUGGUCACAGAAUAUAUGGUCGGUAAUCCAAGGGUACCGAAAAGUGGUUGCUACAAUGGCUUGACAAAAUUGAAUUAAAAUUGGAUGUAGCUAAUUAACACAAACUUAAUGAGGGCUGUGGACUAUUCCUGUUUUUAAAUUUUUGUGAAUAGCCUCCUAAUUUUGUUCUCAUGUCAUUUGCCUUUUGAAUUCAGAUGUUGAGUUUGAUUAAACCUACCCCACAGAAAUUUAAACCAAGGAUUAUUUUUUUUCUUAGGGAGGAAAAGGAAUAACAGAUUUGGAACCUUGUCUCCAGGUAAUAACCUACUUAGUUGCUAUGCUUCGUUUGAUAUUUAAUGUGAAGGCAUACUGAAGUACUAAUGGUUAGCAGAAGUUAUUCGGUGAAUCCUUGCUCGAGAUGAAGGAGUUUCUUCAAUCCUUUUCGUCAGAAUGUCAGUACAUUAGGUAUGAUUUUGUCAGACUUACUGUACAUUAUGUUCAUCGCAUUUUAUGGAAGGAUUCAUUCUAUUGUUUGACGAUUUCAGAAAUGUUGUUUCAAAUGGCACGGUUGUACUCUGUAAAGCUGGUGAAGAAGAUGAUACAGGCUCCACAAUUGAGGUAAAGAGACAUGCUCUAUGUCUGUCAAUGAAAAACAAAGAUUCACCUGAGGAAAAUAUACAAGGGUUCUCCAUAACUGUGAAUCAUUGCUGAUACAAGGCAUUCAAAUGAGUGUGCGUUUUACGUAGAUGUCAUUAAUGACUCUUUUUCUCACUCGUGAUGCUAAACAUGUGACAGUCAUACUGAUUCCAUUUUUAUAACCUUUCCUUUAUAAGUGCACGGGAAUCAAUCUGCAAGCUGUAGGAAUUCUUUUCUUAUUACAGAUACUAGGUAUCAGUGCUAGCAUCUUGUUCACAGGUUUUUUUUUUUCUGGCGACGGAAACACUUGAUUCAGUUUUGAAAUGUUCAUAUCUAUCUUCACCUGCUUGAUCCCAGAAAAAUGAGUGCAAUGCCCUUUUUGGUGUCGCUAAAUAACUAUGGACUAAAUUAGUCUGCUUCUUCUUCUUCUAUUUUAUUGGGUGUUAUUCCAUUGCCCUCAAAUGGCCCAUUGCGUUUCAGUUAAAAUACUCGUUAUUGCUUGGAAAUUUAUCUGCGCUUGGUGGAUGGAUAUUACAUUAUCCGUGCAGGUUAUUCGAAUGGGUCUAAAUAACCUUCCUGUUGGAACUCUGUACAGUCGGUUGGUGCCACUGGUUCUUCUUUUUGUUGAAGGUACUAACUUUUUGCAUUUUAAUUUGGAACUAUUUAUCUCAUCCCAACUAACUUUCUUGUAUUCUUCAACGGCGUAUUAAUUUAUCAUAACUAGUUGUCAUGGCGCAGGUGGCAGGUCCGUUGACAUUACUGAUCCGGGGUGGGACAUCUAUUUUGUGGUGAAGAAGACGUCCGAUCAAACAGGGGACACUCUUAUUGAAUUACUUGGCUUUGCCACAGUUUACCGGUUUUAUCAUUAUCCUGACAGUACACGACUACGAAUAAGCCAGGUUUUUCCUCCAGCUUCGUCUGUGAAUAUUGAUAAUUCUCAUUCGCAUUGUGUUCUUCUUUUUAGUAUCUGUGUGGAUGAUUUUGUUGGCCGGCCCAUGUCCGUCAAUUGGGUUGGGUCAUCUUUUCUAUGCGGAUCUAUCCGCUGACUUCCAAUUGAUGCUUCACGCUUCAUCAUUCAAAUAUGUUGCAUUACGUUGGCGUCUGGCUCUGUAUGUUCCUCAUUUAUAUAUGAUUCUAUGCAAGACCAUGCUUCUUUCCGGUGAAAGCAUCAAGGAUUCCCUACAUUUUUUUUCCUCAUUUAGAUAUCCAUUCAUUUUUUUAUUUCCCGAAUGACGUGAAAUUCAGGAACUGCAGUCUCUUUCAUCUAUUUUAAUUCUAAGUAAAUUGAUAGGUAUCAUGUGCGUUUAUCUUGUAUGGGCGGCCGCAACAUGCGGCGUUCUACUUCAAUUCGUGAUUUUGAUUGAUAUUUCUACAAUUUUAUAUGAUAAAAGGGACAUUAAUCUCGUUCUUUCCUCUGUGAGGCUGGCGUGUGGCCAAUCUCAUUGGAGCGGUGAAUGAACUGAUGCUUCCUUCUCUUGUCAGAUACUGGUGCUGCCUCCUUAUCAAGGCCAAGGCCAUGGCCGCCACCUCAUUGAGUCCGUGAACUCUAUCGCCAUAUCGGAGAACCUCCACGACGUGACAGCCGAAGAGCCCUCUGACUACCUCCAACACCUCCGCUUGUGCAUGGACUCGCUACGCCUCCUCACCUUCAGCCCGGUGAGGACUGCUGUCACCUCAGCUGCCGCUCAUCUCCAGGAAGUCAACCCCCCCAAGAAAGCCAGCAAAGCCCAGCUAGCUCCCCCCGCCCACUUGGCAGAAGAUGUCCGGGACAAGCUGAAGAUCGGCAGGAAGCAGCUUCUCAGGUGCUGGGAAGUCCUUCUCUACUUGAGCGUUGACCCGAAAGACAGCAAGUCUUUGGAGAGCUUCCGGAGCUGGGUCUCUGACCGGGUGAGGGACGAGAUUCUGGGCAAGGACUUUGGCGGCAAGGAGAAGCAGCUCGUGGAGGUGCCCAACGACUACAAUCCGGAGAUGAGCUUUGUAGUGUUCAUGUCUCAGGAUGGCUCGGAGGGCAGUGGAAGAGGGCAGGAGCAAGACCAGGAGGAGCUGCUGAAUAAGGUGGUAGACGAGGAGAUGGAGGAGAUUGCAGAGAGUGCUAAAAGGGUUUCUUCUCUGCGGGAGACCCAGGAGGUACUUCAUAUUUUAGGUUAA